AUGGAAUGGAAUGAUGUUCCGAAACAUUUUUUAGCUCUCAAGUGCAGAGUCAGAAAUGUAAAGCAAUUUGAAACUCAAGCAUUCGAAAGCAAUCAUCUUGAAGAGAAGGAAUCAAUAGAAGGAGCAUCAAGCAAAGGUGGUGGCACUCCCUAUUCCUAUUAUGAUUAUAUUUUGUCCAAUACUAGAGACUAUCUUGAACAUUUUUCAUCAAACGGAAUCAAAGUUCGGUCAGCUCUCGGAGACAAUGUUGAUGAUAACAAGGAUUUAUUGAUGGAGACAUUUUGUAAGAAACCAAUACCUACUGGUGUUCGUUCUACCAUUAAACUUGGCCAAAAAGGAAAACUAUUGGCUCAGGUUUUGUUCCGAAAGUUGAGAAUACUUUUUCUUUCCACUGUUCUUCCAAACACGUUCAUGCUUUGCCAGCCAAAGAGAUUCAAGGAAAAGAGAAAGCAGGAAAUUGCUUCCGAUUACACUGUGAAGGUGAACGAUGAUGAAUCUAUUCUUCAACAACUUUGUUAUCGAGAGGAAGACACAACUGUAUUUGAAAAUCAUAGCUGUUCGGACCAAUGUUUGACCGUACCUAAAGACUACCAACACUACACCAUUUCAACCUUGAAUCGGGUUGUGCCUGAAGGAAGUAAUUUGAAUCAAUAUUUGGAAGAUGAAACAGCGAGAACAGAAGGCAUGUUGAUACCUGUUGCAAAAGCCAAGAGAGUUGAACCUGCACAUGCUCUGGCUCGACGAAGAAAGCAAAGAAAUAAAUGA